CCCAAGAAAUUUCAGAAGCCUUUAAAUAUUUAAAACUACGAAUACCUUUAGAGGCAGAUGAGCUAGUUAAGUGGUUUGAAGAAACCUAUGUUCUUGGUAAAGUCCAUUCAAAAAUAGGAAGUAAUCAUAUAGGCUGGCAUCUCUGCUGGGCAACACUGGUUAGUAACAAACAUGUUAGAGCUUAUGCUAUAAUUGAAGAAAUUCAAAAAGAACAACAAAUGUUGAGGCCCAAAAUGAAUGAUUUUGAAUAUUGUGAUCUUGAAAUGUUGGGAUUCUGUCUUAGUCAGAAUUUUGACAUGGCGGUAAUUUAUCUUAGUCAGGAUUAUAUGUGUUAA